AUGGAAAGAUUUCAUUUUAAUCCAAUUCCAUUAAAUGAAUAUUCAAGAAAAUUAUUUCCUAACAUUGAAACAUUUCAUAUUUAUAAUAAAUAUAAUGAAAUAUUUAAAGAUGGAAAAAUAUUUAAAUAUGUGAUAUGGCAUGAUAUUAAUAUUGGAAUAAAUACCAUAGAAGUUAAAUCAAUUGGAGAUGAAUAUUUUAUGUUUUGUUAUGGUAUGAAAGAAAUUAAUAUACCAUCACUAAUUAGUGAAAUAUAA